AUGAUAGACAACCACGAUCAACCUUUGGCUGGUGUCAACGAGACGUCACAAGACUCCACACCAUCAUCAGCAAAUAUCAACUGCACCGAGAUCCAUCAAACAUUAGGUAGAGUCAUGGACCUCUUAACUCCUCUGAUGAACAAAUUGGAGAAACAAACCAAGCACACUGGCCAUGUUCAACAACAAAUGAACGAGGUCACUGAUUCGUGCUCUUCCUUCAGCAAUGUUGCCGUGAUUCAUGAUGAUACCAACAUGACUCGAAUUGAGUUUCCAAAGGAUCUGAUCAAUAAUUUGAAGCUGAUCAAUGACAUGAAAUUGCCUUCAGUUGGAAAAGAGGACGCCUCGUUCCGUUGUGACAAAAACGUAUUCUACACGAGCAGCAAAAACUCUAUCGUGUUUCCUGAGACUGCUGUUGAUCAUCUUAAGGACGCUCUACUCUUCAUUGGUAUCAAAGAGAAUGAUUCGUUCCAAGUAUUGACAAAUGUAACCCCAAAGAGCAAACUCAUUACCGCCGAAAUCAAUCCAGGUCAAAACAAGAACGAUUUUCUUGUAGGUAAUGAGAAAUAUUACAACAUUAGGAAUGAAGCAUUUCAGCUCUUAUUGAUCCUUCCUUCUUCACCCACGGUAGGAAUUCUGUCUGCCAAGUUGAAAUUACUGGCUCAUCCAAGUAGUAGUUCUUCGCCUUCCAGAAAGAAAGACACCAAGACUCUCCUAGCAUCCAACCAUCGUGAUGAUGAGGAGUCGAUCAUUAAUAAUAACGACUCUCAUGAUGGAAUUGGCAAUCAUGCUGGCAACUCGUCACAUGAACUGGAAACGACAGCUCCAUCAACCUCUACCACUGCAGUCGUGGAAGGGCAGCAGAAUAAUGUUAUUAAGGAUCCAGCUUCUAUUGAUUUCUCUGAGGUUGACAAAUCCUCCUUGAACACCACUGCAUUCCCACUGUGUACUGGACAGCUUGAAGGUUACGAUAGAGGUUCUAAAGACGAUAUCUACAAAGAGCCUUCUCAAGAGGCAUUCAAAUGGUUGCUGGAUUCUCCACUCGGUAAACGGUUGAAACAAGCAGGAUAUGAACAUUUACUAUGUGGGCUGUUAACACCAAAGGCAGUGGAAUAUUUACCAAUGUUAACAUCUGAAUGGGAACGUGACACCAAAGACAAAUGUUGUCCAAGAGUUGGACAAUGUUGCAAGAAGGAUCAAACUUCGGCACAAACUCCUCGUGACUAUAUCCAAGAGUACCCUCGUAACUCUAGAGAAGUAUUGGAGAAGUCCUUUACAAGAAUUUCCAGAAUUUUCGCUGACUUGAGACUCUCUUCUUGCUUGUAUUUCGUUUCAUUUGAAGCUGCUGGCAAAGAUCCUGUUCGUGGAGGUCCAGGAAGAAUUUCUCGUUUUGUCAUUCAAAUGUUGCUCAAGCUAAGCCCUUCUUAUGUUCAACCUACUAUUACGAAAUAUUUUCUUGAGCUCUACGAAAAAUAUUUGAAAGAACUUGAAGAGAAAUCGGCAGAUCGACAGGAGCUGUUGAAUGACCUUUUUGGACUCAAUGAUGACUCUGCUGCAUCCGUGAGCGAGCUCUAUAUCAUGAUACGAACUCUUAUUGCAAGUGGUCAUCCCUUAGAUAGCCCUUUCUUACAGAGAUGUAUUCAAAAAAAGCUUUUAGAGAGAGUGAAUGCGCUUGACAUGAAUGAUGACUUGAAUGGAAGUAUUCCAUAUCCUUAUUGUGUGAAUUUGAAGGGCGUGCCUGAUGAGAGCGAAACACUCAAAGAAAAUGAAGUCUUUAUUUCAAGCUCCUACAUGAGAAGAAUUUUAGGAAACGCCAAACUAUGCUCCUUAAAGAAUGUUCUUGUAUUCAGAUAUCCGUUAGCACAUCAGCAUGAUAUUCGAAAAUUGGUUGUGAAAACAUGGAGCAACCACGAAUUUUUGAAUUCUUCAGAAAAUUCAAUUGUAUUUUCUAAAACAGGUGCUCCUCAACAGUGGAUGGGAGGUGGUGAUCUUGAUGGUGACAUUUAUAGCAUUCUCUUUGAUCCAAACCUUGUUGAACAAUUUGACUCUAAUGCAAAGACCUUCAUUAAUUACAACCAUGAAGUGAAGAAACUGUUUAAUGGUUAUAGUGAAAACUCCGCGAAUCUCAGCUAUGAAGAAUCAAGAAAGGAACAAGCCCUGUACUUCUUCAAGAGAGACAGCCAAACAGGACUCUUUUAUUCAAAAAUCGAAGCAAACUUGUUUUGCCGGCAACUUGUAGAGGAGGAGGAACAAAAACUUGCUAUCUAUCACACUGCUUCUAUAGACGAACAAAAAACUAAUCAACACAAAGACCUUAAGACAUUAGAAACAAAGAAUAUGAAGAAUUUAAUAAUGUCGCCAAAGUUACUGAAUAAUUUGGGUGAAGAUCGAUUCGAGACGAAAUUGAAAAAGCUGUUUCAGAAAUAUUCUCAAAAGUUUGGUGUCUUUGGUGGCACAUGUGACAAGAACGCGUUUGUAAAAACAUAUGUCACAAGAUUUUCACCAGAAACAGAAAACAACGAAUUGACAAUCCAAGACGUAGAUGAAUUUUUGAACUGUCACCAGCAAUACUCAGAAAAUUACAAAAAAGAAUACAAACGAUUACUAGAACUAAACCCUAAAAAUCGAAAUAACAAAGCUCUCAACAAACAAUUGAUACCCAUGCUCGUCAAACAAGAAAGACCCAAUGAUUCAAGAGCAUUCUUUGCGCUGGAAAUUUACAAGACACAAUUUGCACCUUUACCAUUCGAUGCAUGCUUGAAGAAAGUCAUAACAUGGAUGAGAAUAGCACAUUCCCCAACAUACACAUCGGAAGAGCGAAUAGAAUUCUGUUAUGUUGUUUGCUAUCCCUGGAUUAUUCGAAUGGAUAAAGAAUUGACAUUGAACCAAGGAGAACAUUGGAAUCACUAUUCCAUGAUACAUUCUCUUUAUGGACAUCAUUUGUAA